GGACCGAGGCCACGAGGGCCAGCGGGAAAACGCACGACAUAUUUUGGGUGAUUCGGACAUUGUCCCAUAAGGUCAUCGGACAGCUGUCACUUACAGGGAGAAUGAUCAGGUCCGCAUUUUAGAGUCGCCUCUUCCACCGUGAAAAUUGAAGGCAACUGUUGGUAAAAUGAUAUUGAAACCACAGUUCCAUGUCAGGAACAGUUCUAAAUGCCCCGUGCAUUGCAGCGAUCUAGGUACAAGGUACUGUGUAUUAGGUGGAGGUCACGAUGGCGCUCCCCUCGGAGAGGAGCAACAGCACUCUGCUGCCUGACUUGCCUGCUGGGCCCCUGCACGCGUUCCGGGCUCGUGCGUCCUUCAGCUGGAGGCAGCUGGCGCUGUUCCUGGAAAGCGAAAGCGAGCUGCGCCUGAAGAAAGCCAUCUUCUCGACUCUGGAGAAUGACCCCCUGUUUGCCCGUCCCUGUGGAGGUGACCUCUCAAUGGAGAAGUACCGGGAACUGAGCUUCCUGCGCUACAGACGGGUCCUCGAGCAUGACUUCCUCUCCAUGCAGGACAUGAUCACCAGCCCUCUGCAAAUGUCCACAUUCAUUAGCUGCCUGGGCAUGUAUGACUGGUCCCUGGCCACCAAAUUCUUCCUGAGUGUAUUGACUUUUGGAUCAGCAAUCUACAGCUCUGGUUCUAAAAGACACUUGAAAUACAUUCUGCAGCUCCUCAGUAUGGAGAUUUUUGGAUGUUUUGCUCUGACUGAAUUAAGUCACGGGAGCAAUACGAAGGCCAUCCGGACUACCGCUCACUAUGACCCCGCCACCGAGGAAUUCAUCAUACAUUCCCCUGAUUUUGAAGCCGCCAAGUUUUGGAUCGGCAACUUGGGCAAGACAGCCACUCAUGCGGUGGUGUUUGCUCAGCUCUGCAUGCCAGGCGGCCAGUGCCACGGACUGCAUGCCUUUGUCGUGCAGAUUCGGGACCCAAAGACCCUCCUUCCCAUGCCAGGGGUGAUGGUUGGCGACCUAGGGAAGAAGCUCGGGCAGAAUGGUCUGGACAAUGGAUUUGCUAUGUUCCACAAGGUUAGGAUUCCUCGCCAAGACCUCCUGAACCGGACUGGAGAUGUCACCCCUGAGGGUACCUACGUCACCCCCUUUAAGGACAGCAGGCAGCGCUUUGGAGCUUCCCUGGGCGGCUUAUCCUUCGGCCGUGUCUCCAUCAUUUGCAUGUCCGUCACUAACUUAAAGCUGGCCGUGUCCAUAGCGCUGCGCUUCUCAGCCACUCGGCGUCAGUUUGGACCAACAGAUGGGGAGGAGAUACCGGUGCUCGAGUACCAGAUGCAGCAGUGGCGCUUGCUCCCGUACCUGGCGGCUGCCUACGCUUUAGACCACUUUUCCAAGUCGCUGUUCGUGGACAUGGCAGAGUUUUACCUAGGCAUUAUGAAGAAGGACUGGAGCGCCAGGCAGGCAGAGCUCGGACGUGAGAUCCACGCCUUGACGUCAGCUGGCAAGCCCCUGGCCUCGUGGACUGCCCAGCGGGGAAUUCAGGAAUGUCGGGAGGCGUGCGGUGGACACGGCUAUCUGGCCAUGAACCGCCUGGGCAACCUCAGAGAUGACAACGACCCGAACUGCACAUACGAAGGUGACAACAACGUCCUGCUGCAGCAGACCAGCAACUACCUGCUCGGCCUGUGGGCUCACCAGGGCCAAGGUGGCGCUCACUUUGAGAGCCCUCUGAAGACUGUGAAGUUUCUGGAAGCCUCUUCCGACAUCCUUGGCCGGAGGUUCGAGGGCCCCAGCAGCGGCGGCUGCCUGGACUCCUCAGAAGUCCCCCUGGCGGCCUACGAGUGGUUGGUUUGUUACCUGCUCCGAGAGAGUCACCAGAAGUUGGAUCAAGAGAAAAGGUCAGGAAAGAAUGACUUUGACGCAAAAAACAACUGCCAGGUAAGUGCUUGUGUCCGCCCCUGCCUUGUCAUUCCUGGCCCCCAAUCCCUGUGUCAGCCAGACGUCCUAGUGGUGGCAGGCCCCAGCCUUCCAGCCCUGUGACCUCAGGCCGUCGCCUGGCCUCUUUGCGCCGUGGUUUGCCAUUGGAUGGUGGCAGCUCCCAAGCCAGGCUGUGGAAGAGUGUGGGCCUCCUGGCAGCCAGAGCCACAGGAGUGGAGUUGGGACAUCAGGUUGUAGGAGCCUUGGACAUGCAGUGUGACUGGGACACCAGCCCAGGUGCCCCGGCUGGCACAGUGACGGCUCGAUGGCUUGUGGCGGUCAUGCUCGUGUUCCGCACCAGGUUCUGCUCGUCUGCUGCCCUCUGCAAGGAGCCGUGGUGGGGGUGGGCCUAGCUCACCCCUAAGCCGGGAGGGGUGGCUUCACCCACAGGCACACACAGCUGGAAGCGAAGCUGCCAGGGCCUCUGGGGACCUGCUGGUCACACCUGCCCAGGGGUGGAGAUGAGAUGAGAUGGGUCUUGAUUGGAGAGGGUCCUGCCAAGGGCAAGUAGACCAGGAUCCGUCCCACAGCCUCAGAGAUGGCCAGCGUCACUGAGCUCCAUUCAGCCCCACAGGGACCGGCCACAGCCUCAGAGAGGACCCUUCAGAAGGGGCCAGGCCACAGUAGGCUUGGCAUUUGGAAACUGAGGGUGAGUGUUAAUUCAUCCCACAUCACUGCUUUCUCUGCUGUCAGAUGGUCUCUCCAGAACUGGGAAUAGAGAUCCUCCCAGGUUAUAAGUCAUGACCCAAAGAGAUGGAGGGCACAGAGGAGCCCGUUCCCACUGCAGCCGAGUCCGGGGAGCCGCCCAGAAUGUCUCUGUAAGCUCGGCACUCUCUCUUAGCACCCACGCCCGCUGGCUGGGGCCUGGGACCUGGCACAUGCUCUCUGACAGCGGAACCCUGUGGGUGGCUCAGCUGUUUGAGACGUAAUUUGCCUUUAGAUGUUCGUUGAACUUCAGGACAGCAUUUCAGUGGUUCAUGUGGCAAAGUAGGGUGGGGUGCCAGCCGGCUCAGGACUCCCUGGGGAGGGCACUAGAGCUGACCAGCACACAAGCUGAGAGGCAACCACAAAGAGCAGCUGUGACCACGGACAGCAAGGGGGCCCUGAGGCCUGGAGGAGAAGGUAAUGACCCAAGAGGGGUCUGCGUUUCGCGCACCUGGUCUGGGUCACAGAUCAUUUUGAGAGCAAGCGCUGGGUCAUUUCUGACAGCCGAGAGCUGCCCGAGGCCCGAGCUGGGCGUUCAAGGGUCCCAGGGAGGCCGUACCCCUCCCCUGUGGUCACCCCAGCAGCAAGAGCAUGUGAAGAAAACUUGAGAGAGUAUCUACAUGACCUUGAGGUGGGACGAGCCUGCUAAGACAGGAGACUCGGAAGCUGUGAAAAGGAAACAUGCCUCUGACUGCAUAAACGUUCCCUAUUUCUGAGUAGUGGGAGAUGCCACAGACAGAAGGCAGAGCGCAGACCACAGGCCGGGGAGCACGUGGGACUCGGAGCUCACAGAGCGUCCGCAGUGGGGAAAGACAUCCCGCCAUCGAGGGUGGCCUGCCCGGGAACCAGGGCCAGGGGCACGCAGGUUGGCAGACAGCAUCCGGAGGCCAGCAGCCAUUCCCUUCGCUGUCACUGGC